AGAACAAAAUAAUUGUCCUAAAAAUUGUCCCCAAAAUUAUUACAAAAUAGUUAUCCAAAUAUAAUUACCCGUGAAAUAUAGCAAUAACCAAAUAAGAAAACCGACAGAAAACAUAUGAAAUGAAAAAAAAUAAAUGAAAAGGCGACUCAAAAGUGGAGGAAACGGAAGCGGAGGAAACUAACGGCGGUAGACGGAACCCAACGAGCGUGACCGUUACAGUUGAGUUAUCUAACCAAUCAAUCAAUCUUCACUCACUCACAUAACACCUUUGUUAACCCCUCACCUCACCAACGCUUCGUUCAUUUUCCUCUCUCCGUCGCAGCGGCCAAAUUCAUGGUCGCGUAACCGUUUUCUCCGCCCAUUUAAGCCUCCUGCUUUCACACCAUGUCCUCCAUCACCUCCGUUGAACUCAACUUCCUCAUUUUUCGCUAUCUCACCGAAUCAGGUUUCACACAUUCUGCUUAUACUUUUGGCAAUGAAGCUGCCAUUAACAAAUGCCCCAUUGAUGGAAAUUUGGUACCGACAGGUGCUCUUGUUACAUUUGUUCAAAAGGGACUGCAGUACUUUGAGAUGGAAGCCAACUUGAAUAAUUGUGAUGCAGAAGUGGAUGAAGAUUUUUCAUUCUUACAACCUUUGGAUCUUAUCACAAAAGAUGUGCAUGAACUUAGGCAAAUGGUUAGUGAAAAAAGGAAAAAACUACAGAAGGAGAGAAAUAAAGAAUUAGAAAAGGAGCAUGAAGCUGAACGUGGACGGGCAAGAGAAAAGGAAAGACAUCAAAGGGAGAAAGAAGUUGAAAAGGAUAGAGAGAAGGAGAGGGUAAAAAUUGCAAAGGAGCGUGAACAUGUUAAUAAGACUGACAGAGAAGUGGUCAGAGAUCAAGACAAGGUUGCUGCAAAGCAUACUGACAGAGAAGUGAUCAGAGAUCAAGACAAGGUUACUGCAAAGCAUACUGACAGAGAAGUGAUCAGAGAUCAAGACAAGGUUACUGCAAAGCAUACAGACAGAGAAGUGGUCAGAGAUCAAGACAAGGUUACUGCAAAGCAUACAGACAGAGAAGUGGUCAGAGAUCAAGACAAGGUUACUGUAAAGCAUGAAGUGAAUGGAACUGUUGGAGUAGGACCAGAACCAAUGGAGAUAUGUACGACAUCAACAUCUCAGCCACGUCAAAUUCCUAGUUCAGAUGUGACAAUAUUGGAAGGGCAUACUUCAGAGGUGUGUGCUUGUGCUUGGUGUCCUUCAGGAUCUCUUCUUGCAUCGGGGUCUGGGGAUUCGACAGCUCGUAUUUGGGCCAUACCAGAAGGAAGAAGUAAGCCUGGUUCACAGAGUGUCCUUCCGGAUGCGUUAGUGUUGAAGCAUGUCAGGGGUAAAACAAAUGAAAAGAGUAAAGAUGUCACUACACUUGAUUGGAACGGGGAGGGGACACUUCUUGCAACUGGUUCAUAUGAUGGGCAAGCAAGAAUUUGGACAACUAAUGGUGAACUGAAGAGUACAUUAAGCAAACACAAGGGACCAAUAUUCUCUCUGAAGUGGAAUAAGAGAGGCGAUUAUAUCUUGACUGGAAGUUGUGAUCAAACUGCGAUUGUUUGGGAUGUGAAGGCAGAGGAAUGGAAACAACAAUUUGAAUUUCAUUCAGGUCCAACACUUGAUGUUGACUGGCGCAGCAAUACGUCUUUUGCCUCAAGUUCCACUGACAAUAUGAUAUAUGUCUGCAAGAUUGGUGAAACCCGUCCUGUACAAACUUUUGCCGGACACCAGGGGGAAGUUAACUGUGUCAAAUGGGAUCCCACAGGCACAUUGCUGGCGUCCUGUUCUGAUGAUAUCACAGCAAAGAUAUGGAGUUUGAAGCAGGAAAAGUAUCUUCAUGAUUUAAAGGAGCAUUCCAAGGAGAUAUAUACCAUCAGAUGGAGCCCCACUGGUCCGGGUACAAAUAAUCCUAACAAAAAAUUGGUAUUAGCUAGUGCCUCAUUUGACUCGACUGUAAAACUAUGGGAUGUCGAACUUGGGAAACUCAUCUACAGCUUGAGUGGACACAGGCAUCCCGUAUACUCUGUUGCAUUCAGUCCCAAUGGUGAGUAUAUAGCCAGUGGGUCUCUUGACAAAUCCUUGCACAUAUGGUCGUUGAAGGAAGGCAAGAUUGUCCGAACAUAUGCAGGCAGUGGAGGCAUUUUCGAGGUCUGUUGGAAUAAGGAGGGUGACAAGAUUGCUGCAUGUUUUGCCAAUAAUACGGUUUGUGUUUUGGAUUUCAGAAUGUGAUCCUGAGAAACACCAUGCAUGUUCUCCUGUGGCUGGUACAUUGGAUUCUUUCUUUUCCUUCCUUUAGCUUAGAUUGGUGGAAGUGUAUUUUGGUGGAUAGGUUUACCAUUUUAAUUUGUAGGCAUAACUUGUUGUUCUUGGAUUCUGUUGUAAUUUGUUAGAAGAAAGUAAUUUGUAGGAGUGCAUAUUUUUAAAGAGCAAAAAUGUACAGAUUUAGUCGGACAAUAUCCUGUAUAAUUAUCGCUUGACUUCAGUAUUGUGUAUGUAGUUGCCUUUUCCUGCA